GGGCGGGCGGACGUUCGUCAGUUGCUCCAUAUUACCGUGUCGCGAGUAUAUAACAUAAAUUUGUGUAGUGUUUCGUGUUGUGACUCAGUGUUAUCAGAAAUUAUCAUCUAAUUAUAUUAACAACACAGAUGAUUUCAAUAGUGAUUUGUGCGUAAAAGGAAAAAAUCUAAGAUUGGAACACCAGAACAUGUGCCGUUCGUGGCGAAGGCAUGUGGCGUGGUACACUUGAGUGGUGUGACCAUCAUGGCGUGGCAAGUUGGCCUGUUCCUUCUGCUGUGUCUAGUUCACUGCGACACCAAGACCGUGCUGCAAGAUAAACUUGCUGGUGUACGCACAGUGGACGUGCAGGCAGUGGAAGGCAUGACCGCAAGGUUCCCGUGUGAUCUGGGCACUGCAGCCAACGACAAGGUCUACAUGGUGUUCUGGUUCCGAGAUGAUGCUGGUAUUCCUCUGUACAGUUUUGACGUACGAGGCAAACAUCUGUCAGAGGCUCGUCAUUGGUCAGCGCCAGAGGUGUUUGGACCACGAGCCCACUUCUCCACGUCACCACCACCGGCGUCUCUUCUCGUAAGAGAUGUUAAGAGAAGAGAUGAAGGCGUCUACAGGUGUAGGAUAGACUUUCGGAACACACAGACAACUAGUUUCAGAUACAACUUAACAGUUGUUGUGCCACCAGAAAAGCCAGUAGUGGUCGAUCGAUGGGGUCGAGUAAUAAACACUACCACACUCGGACCACAUGAGGAAGGUGAUGACGUGCUUCUCACAUGUCGUGUUCUUGGAGGAAGACCAGAGCCAUCAGUGAGGUGGCUUGUAAAUGGCGUCUUAGUUGACGAUGAAUAUGAACAUAAUACAGGAGACGUAAUUGAAAACAGAUUAGUCUGGGCAUCUAUCAGAAGAGCUGAUUACGCAGCAGUAUUUACGUGUCAAGCAGCAAACUCGCAUCUGGUGCCGCCUAAAGAAGUUUCGUUGGUACUGGAUAUGUUCUUGCGCCCUCUGACGGUAGAAAUCAAGAAACCAUCAGAAGUGGGUGACGUUGAUGUGCUGACGGCAGAGCGUCGUUACGAAGUUGCCUGUGAGUCUGCAGGAAGCAGACCACCGGCGAUCAUCACGUGGCACAAAGGAAAACGACAGCUAAAAAGGAUAACUGAGGAACUUCGAGACAACUUGACGGUUAGCGUGAUGAGCUUCGUCCCCACGUUGGAUGAUGAUGGCAAGCCAAUCACCUGCCGAGCUGAGAACCCCAACGUGACCACUUUGUUCAUAGAAACUUCUUGGACUAUCAACGUUGUAUAUCCUCCGGUGGUUAAGCUGCGGUUAGGAAGUUCCCUGGCUGCUGGUGAUAUCAAGGAAGGUGAUGACGUGUACUUCGAGUGUCACGUCAGAGCCAAUCCACCCACCAGGAAACUGUCGUGGCUUCACGAUGACCGGCCAUUGGCUCACAACGCAACAGCAAGGGUGUUUCACAGCAACCAGAGUCUGGUGCUGCAGAAGGUGACAAGACAGAGCAGCGGAAGAUAUGCUUGUUCUGCACUCAAUGCUGAAGGAGAAACAGUCUCCAACGAACUACAUUUUAGGGUCAAAUAUGCGCCCUCAUGUCGGACCGGGAAUGGCGGUGUGUCAGUAGUGGGUGCAGCCAGGGGGGAGUCAGUCGUGAUUGUUUGCGAGGUGGAUGCUGAUCCCCCCGCCGCAGUCUUCAAGUGGAAGUUCAACAACUCGGGAGAGACAAUUGACGUAGCAGCUGACAGAUAUACCUCCAACGGAAGUGCUUCUAGUCUCAAAUAUACCCCCGUGGCAGAUUUAGAUUAUGGGACACUAUCCUGCUCUGCAUCAAAUGAAGUUGGUUCCCAAAUAAUGCCAUGUGUUUUUCAAAUGGUCGCUGCAGGGAAGCCUCACGCACCGAGAAAUCGUACUCUCUGGAACCAAUACAAUAAUACUUUAGUUAGGCACUGA